GGGGGGGUGACACCCGACGAUAAAGCGGAGAGCGGCGUCUCUGGCCCGAAACAUCGACGGUGUAGUCGCCCCAACGCACUACGCGCGAACACACUCUCCUAUCUUCUCUCUCUCUCUCUAUAUAUAUAUAUAUAUAUUCUAUAUAUAUAUAUAUACAUAUAUAAAGCCACCCUCCCUCUCUCUUUCUCACUCGAAACGCUCACUCGAAUACCCCAUGCACUUUUUCGAAUUUCUCCACUUCCCGAUAAUGGCGAAUUAGGGUUCUUCCCCGAUAACCCUAACCCCUAAUCUCAUCUCCUCCAUCCGACCUCUUCUUCCCCCCAUAAUUUAGAUCGUUCGGCUCCUCGAUCUCGUCCAUGGAACUCGCCGCGGCGGCGGCGGCGGCGUCGCGCGGCCUCUACGUGGCGCCCGGUGCUAUCGCUUUACGGGGCAAAUGGGGGCGGCUGGGAGCGUAUCCGAGGAAGGAUUGUGAUCGGACUGAGAAAUCGGGGACUGCGGUGGCGAUUUCGGGGGAUUCGAGUAGGAGGAUGGAGUCUCUUGUGAGCAAUGUGAGCAGGGGAGGAGUGGAGAUGGCAUUGGUGGAGCGGCGGGGAUCAGUGGUAGUGAAGGUGCUCCCGGGGAGGCCAGCGCCGCUCGGCGCUACCGCCUGCGAGGGCGGUGUCAAUUUCGCUAUUUAUUCCGGCAGCGCUACUGCUGCCGCGCUCUGCCUCUUCACCCUCGCCGAUCUAAAAGCAAAUAAUGUGACAGAGCUGAUUCCUCUUGAUCCUGUAGUCAACAAAACUGGGAAUACUUGGCAUGUUUUCCUUCAAGGCGAAUUUCAGGACAUGCUAUAUGGCUACAAGUUUGAUGGAAAGUUUUCACCUGAAGAAGGACACUACUUCGACUAUUCUCGGGUUGUGCUAGAUCCUUAUGCUAAGGCAAUUAUUGGAAGAGAGGCGUAUGGCGUGUUAGGUCUUAGUGGCAGUUGCUGGCCCCAGAUGGCUGGCAUGAUACCACUUUUAGGCAACAAGUUUGACUGGGAGGGAGAUUUACCUUUGCGUUAUCCUCAAAAGGACCUUGUGAUUUAUGAAAUGCAUGUACGUGGAUUCACAAAUCAUGACUCGAGCAAGACUGACUGUCCAGGAACAUAUGCGGGUGCAAUAGAGAAACUUGAUCAUUUGACGGAGCUUGGAGUAAAUUGUAUAGAGUUAAUGCCUUGUCAAGAAUUCAACGAGCUGGAGUACUUCAGUGACAACUCAGUAUUGGGUGAAAAUAAGUUAAAUUUCUGGGGAUACUCAACAAUAAACUAUUUUUCACCAAUGAUAAGAUAUUCAUCAACCGGUAUAAGCAAUUGUGGACGUGACGCAAUAAAUGAAUUCAAAAUGUUUGUUAGAGAAGCUCAUAAACGAGGCAUUGAGGUGCUCUUGGAUGUUGUUUUCAACCACACAGCUGAAGGGAAUGAAAAUGGCCCUAUACUAUCGUUUAGAGGGAUAGACAGCAACACUUAUUAUAUGCUUGCACCUAAGGGUGAGUUCUAUAAUUAUUCCGGUUGUGGAAACACCUUCAACUGUAAUCAUCCUGUUGUCCGUCAAUUUAUAGUUGAUUGCUUAAGAUAUUGGGUGAUUGAAAUGCAUGUUGAUGGCUUUCGCUUCGAUCUAGCUUCUAUUAUGACCAGAAGCUCUAGCUUAUGGGAUCCGAUUAACGUAUAUGGAAAUUCAAUAGACUUGAUAACAACUGGGAGCCCUCUUGGUAAUCCGCCACUCAUUGACAUGAUUAGCAAUGAUCCAGUCCUCAAUGGUGUAAAGCUCAUUGCUGAAGCAUGGGAUGCCGGAGGCCUUUAUCAGGUGGGCAGUUUUCCUCAUUGGGGCAUCUGGUCUGAAUGGAAUGGGCAGUAUCGUGACAUAGUUCGGCAGUUCAUGAAAGGCACUGAUGGAUUUUCUGGAGCUUUUGCCCAGUGCCUUUGUGGAAGCCCAAAUUUAUACCAGGAAGGAGGAAGGAAACCCUGGCACAGCAUCAAUUUUGUAUGUGCACAUGAUGGGUUCACAUUGGCUGAUCUGGUGACGUACAAUAACAAGUACAACUUAUCAAAUGGUGAAGACAACAGGGAUGGGGAGAAUCAUAACCUUAGCUGGAACUGUGGGGAGGAAGGAGAGUUUGCUAGCAUAACAGUCAGAAGAUUGAGGAGAAGGCAAAUGCGCAACUUCUUUGUUUGCCUAUUGGUUUCUCAAGGAGUUCCCAUGAUAUUCAUGGGUGACGAAUAUGGUCACACCAAAGGAGGAAACAACAACACAUACUGCCAUGAUAAUUACAUAAAUUACUUCCGCUGGGAUAAAAAGGAGGAAGCAGCAUCUGACUUCUAUCGUUUCUGCCGCCUCAUGACAAAUUUUCGACGUGAAUGUGAAUCUCUUGGCUUAGACAACUUUCCAACAGCUGAACGGCUCCAGUGGCAUGGCCACCAGCCCAGGAUGCCCGACUGGUCUGAAACCAGCCGAUUUAUAGCCUUUUCCAUGACUGAUAAAGUGAAGGGAGAGAUCUAUGUGGCCUUCAAUGCCAACCAUCAGCCCGUCAUCGUCACUCUGCCGGAACGCCCUGGCUAUCGGUGGGACCCGCUGGUUGAUACAAGCAAGGCCGUGCCUUACGACUUCCUCUCCAAUGACCUCCCUGACCGGGCCUCUGCCAUCCAACAAUGUGCUCACUUCCUCAACUCUAAUCUCUAUCCUAUGUUGAGCUACUCUUCCGUCAUCCUGAUACUGCGCCCAGAUGUUUAACAAGGGAAAGAAGGAAAAAUAAAAAGUUGGUUCUUCAGUAAGAAUUUUCAUCCAUCUUUCAUAGAAUGGGAUUGUCGUAGUUCGGAAGCAGCUUAAAAAUGUCGUUGGGCAUUGGGUUUCUUAAACUCGGAACACAACUCGUGUUCAACCUAAACGCAGAUUUGAUACUCUUCAUGUUAUGAUUCGGCACCACC